AUGCCCUCCCAGAACCACUCCCGAGCGCUGCACUUCGUCCUCCUGGGCCUCACAGACGACCCCAUGAUGGAGAAGAUCCUGUCCGCGCUGUUCCUGCUGGUCUACCUGCUCACGCUGGCAGGGAAUCUGUGCAUGAUCCUGCUUAUCAGGACCAGCGCCCACCUCCAGACCCCCAUGUACUUCUUCCUCGGCCACCUCUCCUUCGUGGACAUUUGCUACUCUUCCAACAUCACUCCAAACAUGCUGCACGGCUUCCUCUCCGGGCAGAAGAGUAUCUCCCUGGUGGGCUGCUUCAUACAGUGCCUCCUCUUCAUCGCCCUGGUCAUCACCGAGUUCUUCCUGCUGGCGGCCAUGGCCCUGGACCGCUACGUGGCCAUCUGCAGCCCUCUGCACUACAGCAGCAGAAUGUCCAGGGCCGCCUGCAUCUCCCUGGUCUCCUUCCCGUAUCUGUUUGGCUUCCUCAAUGGCCUCUCCCAGGCCCUGCUGACUUUCCGCCUGUCCUUCUGCGGCUCCCUGGAAAUCAAUCACUUCUACUGUGCGGACCCGCCCCUCCUGGUGCUGGCCUGCUCUGACACCCGAGUCAAACAGGUGGCCAUGCUCCUUGUUGCAGGCUUCACUCUGUGCAGCUCUCUCUCCAUCAUUCUUCUGUCCUACGUUUUCAUUUUUGCAGCCAUCCUGAGGAUGCGUUCUGCAGAAGGCAGGCGCAAAGCCUUCUCUACCUGUGGUUCCCACCUGACCACGGUCACCAUAUUUUAUGGGACCCUGUUCUGCAUGUACUUAAGACCUCCGUCAGAGAAGUCUGUGGCAGAGUCCAAAGUGAUUGCAGUGUUUUAUGCUUUCUUGAGCCCAAUGCUGAACCCGUUGAUCUACAGCCUAAGGAACAAGGAUGUGAUCCGGGCCAUGCAGCACUUGGUCAGAGGAAGUUUGUUUCAGAGAAUUGCAGUCUAG